CCUCACAGUUCACCCCGGGUGCAGGUGGGCUUGUGGUGUGUGUAUCCGGCCGGUGAGCCUGGGUGCUCUCUCUCACAUACGAUGGACGACCAUAUCACUCGCGGUGGUGGUAGCCGACCCCGUCUAGCCCCACUCACGCCACCUGCCGGGGGACGAGUACUGGACGACACUGGACGACAAUCCACUAGUGUCGUGGAAACGCUUCUUACCACCUGUGCAACCACCUGUCUGUAACCUGUCUCUUGUCAGUGCGGACAGAACUGGCACUACCACAGCGGCCAGUGACGGGACAGGAGCAGAGGAAAGUCACCCCAGACACUCCCCCUACGCAAGCUCUCAAGCACCAGCUCGGGGCCGAUUGUCGGUUCCCAAGAGUAAAUUUAGCAAGAGUGGCGGAGAGGAGCGUAGCAGGCACGUUCCCAAAGGUACCCCGGUGUGAGGCACGUGCCUAAACGUACCCCGGUGUGACCCAGUGGGGCAGGGUAGCAGGUACAGCGGUGAUGGAAGCACAGGUACCCGGUGUGACCCCGUGUCGUGGGGUAGAAGACACAGUACAGAUGAGACGAGGCAGGAGUCACUCGUCCAAGAACUCUCCUCUUCCGAACAGAAAAGCUCUUAAUUUAAACCACGAUGACAUCCCCUUCAUAGAUGACGAUAUCCGUGUCAGUGUUGUUAGUGGUGAUAGUGGUAGUUGCGACAGUUUGGAUCGUGGUUGUGCGUCGCGUAAUGAGUCUGAAAUUGUGGUUCUGAGAACGCAUAAAAGCAGUUCUGAUAACAGACUGAAGCGUCAGGCCGGGUACUUGGUCCCGCUGUCGCCACAGCCUGGCCCCUCACCCACCAAGAUGGAGUCCAAGGAGUUGGUCAUAUACAGGAGGAAAGCCAGGGUCCAGCCCCUCAAGGGCAACAGGGAAGCUAAGUGCUGUGACUCGCCUCUUGAGAGCCGUGACCCGCCUCUUGAGAGCCGUGACCCGCCUCUUGAGAGCCGUGACCCGCCUCUUGAGAGCCGUGACCCGCCUCUUGAGAGCCGUGACCCGCCUCUUGAGAGCCGUGACCCGCCCGUUGAGAGCCGUGACCCGCCUCUUGAGAGCCGUGACCCGCCUCUUGAGAGCUGUGACCCGCCUCUUGAGAGCUGUGACCCGCCUCUUGAGAGCUGUGACCCGCCCGUUGAGAGCCGUGACCCGCCUCUUGAGAGCCGUGACCCGCCCGUUGAGAGCCGUGACCCGCCUCUUGAGAGCCGUGACCCGCCUCUUGAGAGCUGUGACCCGCCUCUUGAGAGCUGUGACCCGCCUCUUGAGAGCUGUGACCCGCCUCUUGAGAGCUGUGACCCGCCCGUUGAGAGCCGUGACCCGCCUCUUGAGAGCUGUGACCCGCCUCUUGAGAGCUGUGACCCGCCUCUUGAGAGCUGUGACCCGCCUCUUGAGAGCUGUGACCCGCCUCUUGAGAGCAAGGUUGUAGCGGUCAGCACUGCUGCAGACAGCGGGGUUCGUCCACCCAUCUCAGCCGACGAUCAGCUGCACGACGACGACCAGCUGCACGACGACGACCAGCUGCACGACGACGACCAGCUGCACGACGACGACCAGCUGCACGACGACCAGCUGCUGCGCGACGACCAGCUGCACGACGACGACCAGCUGCACGACGACCAGCUGCUGCACGCCCUCCUGGAGCAACUGCUGUGCAACACAAGCGUUACUGAGGCGGCAGGCAAGAUGAGUGUGGAGCGACGAGGGACCAAGGCGCUGGAACUAUGGGCCCGGCGGGCCACCGAUGGCUACCAGGGUGUCAGCGUCACCAACAUGACCACCGCCUGGCGCAACGGUCUCGCCUUCUGCGCUCUCAUACAUCGCUUCAGACCCGACCUCAUCGAAUUUUCGUCGUUGAAGCCGGAGAACAUCUUGGAGAACAAUGCCUUGGCCUUCCGCGUUGCCGAACAGCAGCUGGGUAUCCCAGCGCUCUUGGACGCCGAAGACAUGGUGGAGAACGAUGUCCCGGACCGCCUCUCCGUGCUGACCUACGUGUCCCAGUACUACCAGGCCUUCGCGGCCCUGGGCCUCACCAACAAGAAGAGGACGGUGAACACUGCGGCGCCCCAGUCCACGGCUCCUGGCACGGUCAAGGCCAAGACCACUCCACCCCUGCAGCGGAAGGCCAAGCCGGCGGAGAUCAAGACAGAUAAGGUGGUGGCGGGUGGGCGAGUUCGUCGUGAGGUGUGUGCUGGCUGCAACAACCCGGUGUUCCUCGCUGAACGCUUGUUGGUAGGUUCCCCGGGUCAGCUGAUGCAUCGGACGUGUUUCCGCUGCGCUCGAUGCAAUACACAGCUGACCUUGGCGAGCUACUAUGAGACAGAAAAGGGACAAUUUUGUUGUGAAACCUGUCCCGAUGAAGAACGCAAUAAUAUGCUGGAAGUUGUUGACAAUGCCAGUAUUUCCAGCCACACUUCAAGUAAACAUAAACGACGAUCCUCGGCUUCCGACUCGGAUUCCCAAUCUGAUUCUAACAGUGAAGAUUCUGGGGAAGAGAGCGAUAGUUAUAGUCACGAUGUGGAGACAUUACUCGAGGACAAGACCCACCGUGUUGACACCCGCAGUGACUCUUUAUCACACUCGCCUAAAUUCACUCCUCAGCCACUUAAACCUCGUACUGUGUUUCUUUCACAAACCUUAGAAGGGAAUGAUAUAAACCAUGACUUAAACACAAAAACAGAAGAAUCUAAGGCAAGUGAAGGAAUCAGUCAUUUUUCGCAUGUAUCAUCAGCCUUAUUUGGAUCGAAGGAGAGAGAUUCCAGAGCAACAGCCUCUGGCAACUCCCUCCGAGACCACUGUGAUGAAGCCAAAGGAUCAAUAACAGACCCACCUGAGAAACUAACCUUGGACACAGGGCAAAAAGAUAGAACUAACAAUGUUACUAAUGGUGCACCCAAGACCUCCUCGUCUAUUGUUGCCCAGCGUCUCAAAUUGUUUAGGGAAAUUAGUGAUAAGAGUGUUAGCUCAGAUAAAAUUAAUACCAGUGUUGAAAAACGUGAAAUAAAAUAUAAUUAUUUGCAUUUAAAUAAAAUAGAAAAGGAAACAAGUGGUGUCACUAAAGAGGAAAACGAAAGUGUUGUUGAGGAUCCGGAUAAGGAUAAAAAUACUAAAGAUAUCAAUAGUAAGUUUGUGCACGUAGAUGAGAUGGACUCAGACCUGAUCGUUAAUGAAGAGGAAAAUAAAAAGUUAAUGGACUCGCUAGAAAAUUAUAAAACAAUCGGUGAAAGGGAAUCGUCGCCCAUUUCUGAGAAUGUAAGGGAAGGUACUGAACCAUCACCCAAUUCUGAAAAAGUCAGUGAAAAUAUUGAACAAUUACCCAACUCUGAAAAAAUAAACGAAAGUAUUGAAAAAGUACCUAACUCUGUAAAUGAUAGUGAAAGUAUUGAACACGAAAAAGUAAGUGAAAGUAUUGAACACAAAAAAGUAAGUGAAAGUAUUGAACACGAAAAACUACGUGAAAGUAUUGAACACGAAAAAGUAAGUGAAAGUGUUGAAACUUCACCGACCAUUCCAUCCAUAUGCAUCACCCGAAAUAAAGAGGAAGUCAGUAUUGCCCGUGUUGCAGACUCGAGCAGGGAACGCGAUGGCACUGAUGACCAGCACGACUCGGACACCAUGAGCCUUGAAGAACCACCACUUGGUAAAGAUGUACUCAAAGAAUAUAAUCCAUUUGAGGAUGAUGAAUCUCAGCAAGAUGAAAGUGGCGUUGCAAUAUGCCAUUCCGAUGGUGGCAGCAAUGACGAUAAUCUCAUUGCCACUUGUGUCUCGCAGGACAGUGGUGCGGACAUCUCUUCUGCUUCCUUGCACUCCGUCCAGUAUCCAGAAGAUCUUAAUCCUUUUGGAAGUGACGACGAGAGUCACGUUGAGGAUGCCGCAGCAGACAAAGCAGGUGUGGCAGAACGGUCCGAACCUCAAGAUAACGAUAAUCAGAAAACUACAAAGAAACUUAUCAAGGUAAACAUGAACCCAUUUGAAAGUGAUGAGGAUGAGGAAUUUGAAAAGGAAAUGAAUAAAGAUAACAAGAAAACCGAAUUGAAGAACCUAAAUCCCUUCUGGAGCGAUGAUGAAGCCGGAGAAGAGAGUGAUAAUACCAAAUUAACACCAAGUAAAAACAAAAUUAAACCUCCUAGACCACCACCACCAACCUUGGCCAGAAACAGUACUCCCUCCCAGAUGUACGAUAGCGGUGGCAGCUUGCAACAGAGCCCCAUUUUUCAAGGGGGCUCGGCCACACGCAAGAAGAUCAGUGCUCCACAACCGCCAACCAGCAUGAGAGACUUGUUCCCCCCAGCAUCGCCCUCCACCUCUCCUGCUCAGUCACACUUAACACCAUCCCCCAGUAUGACUGUCCCCUACCCAUCUCCCUCCCCCUCCUCUCCCAGCGGCUCUCUGGCUCUUAAGAGGAAGGCUCGACGGGCUCCCGCUCCUCCCCAAGCGGCUACUCCAAGAAGUGGUAGGGCCUCCCCUGCUAGCUCCAUAGCCGACACCCUCAGCUCCGACACACUGUCCCUCUCCAGCAUUGGUGCCCAUACUCAGGAGAAGUCAGGCCAUGAGGAAGACCAGGAUGAGGUGCUGAGUUGGAAAAUGCAGAAGGACUUGAAAAACCACUCGAACAAGUUGAACGGCACCACAGAUCAACAAGUUCCACCUCCCAAGCCCUCCCGGGCUUUCCAGGCUUCCAAUAACCAUGCGUGUGGGACAGGUAUUUUUAGGCAUGGGUCUAUGAGCAAGAGUGAGGCAGGGGAGUGGCAGCGCAAGAAAGGCCCAGCACCUCCUCGACCAGUGCCGCAGAAGAGAGCCCUUAAGAAGUUACCCAUGCGCAUAAUCCAACAGCAACUUCAGGAUAUUGAGAUCAAGCAGACAGAGCUUGAAAGACAGGGUGUUCUGCUCGAGACUACAAUUCGUACCCGCACAGAAAAUGCACUAAACAACUCUGUGGAGGAUGCAACUACUCCUAGCAGUGGGCCAAAUAGUAUAGAAGUAGAAGAUAUGAUACUGCAGUUGUUUGAGCUCGUCAACGAGAAGAACGAGUUGUUCAGACGGCAGACUGAGCUGAUGUACCUCAAGCGUGAGAAACGACUGGAAGAGGAGUACGUGGAACUUGAAUAUCAGAUCCGGUGCCUGAUGCUCAAAACCCCCGCGGAGAAAUCUGAUGCCGACAAUACUCAGGAGGAGGAGCUGAUAGCACGGCUGGUGAAGGUGGUCGAGCAGCGCGACGAAAUCAUAAACUGCUUGGAAUUGGACAGGUUACGAGAAGCACAGGAGGACGAGAGCAUUGCCACACACAUGAUGCAAUACCAAGAAAAACAUAUUGAUGGAAUUGAGAAUGGCAAUAGUUUACAAGAAUCCCCAAAGAAGAAAAAGACACUGAGGUUACCCAAGAAGAAGAAGAAGAAGAAAGAAAAGAAAGAUAAAAAGGGUUGCAAGACCGAUGCUGAUAAAGACGUAGAUGAAACUGAAGUAACAGAAGUGAAGAAGAAGAAGAAGAAAAAGAAAUGGUUGUUUUAAUUUAUUUGAUGACGCUGUUAGUCACUUCCUUCAAGGAAGACUCCCUGUUAAAUAAAGAUCACAUCAACGAGGUUUAAAUAAUAGAUGAAUUCAAUGCAAAAUUGUAUUUAACUAUGAUAUAAUCUUCCCUCAACUGGCAGAGUUCUUCAGGGUCAAUGUGUGUUUAGUAAUACUGUACUUAAUAGUAUAAUUUUUAAUGUGUCAGUUAAUACUCACAAUUGUACUGUUAGUAAACACAGGAGAUUUUCUGCUCCUGUUAUCACUUGCGCAUACUGAAGGCUCCGCCACUGACGGCUGUUGUUGAAGGGCGUUUCGCAUUCCAAGUUAUCUUAAGAACUUUAAUGGAUCGAUUAAAGUUAUUUGAAGGCAGAUUUGCUCCUGUUUAAGCAGUAAUUUAGUCAUAAUGUUAAAUUAUUGAAGAUAUUAGGAAGAAAUGAGUCAUUGUGCCCCCUGAUUUAGCUAUACGUCUUGUAGCCUGCGAGGCACCGGCUGGUCUCCUUGUAAAGUGGCAUCCACCGCAUAUUUAUUGGUUUUAAUGUUUGUAAAUAAAAUUUACAAUAUUUUAUGAGUACUUAGAUGGGUAUAGAUUUUGUUUGUACAUUAAACCAGCCACAAGAGCAUCACUGUUAAAUAAUAGAUUUGUAGAUUAGAAAACAAGAGAGGUUAUAUUUGAACCCUAGUAGGCAGUGCACAUCAACCUUUUCCUUUUGAUUGUGAGCUAUUUACAAAAUUACUUAAGGGAUUGUUAAAAGCCUUAAUUUUACGAUGUUAAUGAAAAUAAGUUGUUCUAUUAAAUUAAUUAACGCUUUCACAUUCCGAUAACACUAAAGCGCGUCAUCCAUAUUCCAACAGUAAACGGUUUGAUGAUGCUAAGACGCAUCAUCCGAUUGCUAGUUCCUGAGCUAUUCUAUUUGCAUCAACCAGUCUGAAAACUUAUGAAAAAUCACUGUUAUUGUGUGGAUAGAGCGUAUCUAGGGCAUGAGUAGACCAACCAGAGGGCUUCCCACUUGCCCACGAGACCUCACUUGAGACAAACAUUCAUCACUGUUGUGCAUAAUUUGUUAUAAAUUCACUUCUUGUUGUUGCACCUAUUCUGUAGAGAAUCCACUUGUGAACAUUGUGACACUAAAUUUGUAGUUAUAACCCUACAAAUAACUUAGAAAAUGCAAAAUAAGUGUAAACAUUGUAUGCAUCGCUGAGUGGGACCCCGGGGAGCCCGACACUGCUCAGUUAUGCACCGAGAGACCAGAUUGUCAGCGUGUUAGUUGUAGUUCAGAUAAUACAGAAACCUUUUAGUAUUUGUAGCAGUUUGUCUUGUUAAUUUGAAAAUCAAGCACUGUGAGGGUAAAGUUCUGAGCCUGUUAUGUUAAAAUAACUGAGAGAGGAGCUGAUACACAUGUCAGGCUGCCUGGAAACUGCAGCUGAUGUCAUCUAGUGAUAAAUUCUUCUAACAUUUUCUUUACUGAGAUGUGAUACAGUAAAACACUUCCAGAUUAGCGCACAGUGGCUGUAACUCGAACUGCCAAGUUUAGCUGUGUUCUCUGAUGAUAAAUCACUGUAGCCAUAAAUAAUAAUGCUGGUUGAGGAGCAAUAUUUGUACUGGAUUCCUGUAUUUGUAAACAGAUGAUGGAUGGGUGCACUCUUUUUGCUUUAUUGGUUCAAAGUUCAAGUUUCCUGGAACAAUAAUCUGAAGAUUUGGUUCUUGAGGUAAUCUUGAGAUGAUUUCGGGGCUUUAGUGUCCCCGCGGCCCGGUCCUCGACCAGGCCUCCACCCCCAGGAAGCAGCCCGUGACAGCUGACUAACUCCCAGGUACCUAU